AUGAGGCGGUGCGUCGGGGGUGGUGAGCGUGCGCUGGGCAGGAUUCGGGAGGUGAUCGAGGACUGUGGGUUUGAGUGUGUCUGCGUGCGGGACGUCGCGGCCGUCGCUGAGCGGCGCGUCGGCUCGCUCGUCGUGCAGGGGAUGACCUGCACUGCGUGUGUCGGCGCGAUCACCAAGCAGGUGAGGGCGCUGGAAGGUGUUGAGAGCGUGGCGCUGUCGUUGCUCACUGAGGCGUGCGAUGUCGUGUUCGACCCGUCCAAAGUGAACCUUUGUACCGUUCAGGGGACGAUAGAGGACUGCGGUUUCGACGCUACGGUCCGGAGCGAGCGGGAUCAAGAAACUGGUGAGGGCAACGCCAUAAAGAGGGUCACGCUUGUGCUGUUUGGUGCUGACGAGAGGGCGGGGCCACCCAUCACGCAGAGCGAUUUUGAGGCACUCGGUUUAACGGUAACGGAUUUCUCCGUAGAGCGCAAUUCAGUUACAAUUGCGUACGAUCAGGACGAAACGGGCAUUCGAGACAUAGUGACUGCCAUCAAGGGCAGACUUGGGCUCGAUGUGAUUGUUGAGUCCAGUCUGAACAACUCCACGCAGGUCCAACUCCUGUCGAAGACGAGCGAGAUCAGUUUCUGGAAGAUGAACUGCUGGAAAACGUGUCUCGUCGCCGUGUUGUCCAUGACGUUGUACAUGUGGGUCCCAAUGGUCUCUCCCAGCCUCGUUAAGCGAGGAACAAUCCCUUACAAUGAGGUCUCCUUUCUGCCUGGGGUCUACUACCGUGACGUCAUUGGGUUCCUCUUGGCAAGCUACGUGCAGUUCGUUGUCGGGAGGUUUUUCUACGUGUCCGCUUGGAAUGCAUUCAAGCACGGCGCGGGGACCAUGGACACACUGAUCUGCAUUUCCACCACUUGUGCAUACACUUUCUCCAUCGUGUCCAUUGUGCAUAACGUCAUUGACAAGGAGUCCAGAGCCACGCUACCGAACGUCGUAUUCGAUACGUCGAUCAUGUUGCUUGCCUUCAUCUCAUUGGGUAAAUUCUUGGAGAACCGUGCAAAAUCGAGAACCUCCACGGCAUUAUCCAGAUUGCUACAAUUGUCCCCGCCUGUUUGCUUACUCGUACAGGACUACGGGACGCCGACUGAGAGAAGCGUAGAGAUUAACAACGAUUAUCUGCAUUUGGGCGAUAUUCUCGAGGUGAAACCAGGAAUGAAGGUCCCCACAGAUGGCGUGAUCAUCCAGGGGGAAACAGAUGUUGAUGAAUCCCUGAUGACUGGAGAGCAAAGAUUGAUCCACAAGAAAUUGGAGGAUCCAGUGAUUGGUGGGACCGUGAAUGGACCCGGCCACGUAUACAUCAAGGUCACCUCCGUCGGUGAGGACACAAAACUUUGGCAAAUUAUACAAACAAUGAAACAGGCACAAAUGACAAAGGCACCAAUACAAUCGUUCGCCGACUACAUCGCAUCGAUCUUCGUGCCGUUGAUCCUGUCACUCGCAACAGUGACCUUCGUUUUUUGGAUCGUUGCAUCACGGUACCUGACCUCUUGGACGGUAUUCCAACAUGAUAGAGUGUAUACGUGUCUCCGGAUAGCGACAUCAGUUGUCGUCGUGGCGUGCCCCUGUGCACUGGGUUUGGCAACACCAACGGCGAUCAUGGUCGGUACGGGUGUUGGUGCGGAAAAUGGGGUAUUGGUGAAACACGCUGAUAUCAUUGAGAGAUUGGGAGACAACCAUAACAAGGACAACACGCUAUUUCUUUUCGACAAGACGGGGACAUUGACUACAGGGGACAUGGUCGUCGAGAAUUUUGUCCAGGCGGACAGCACAGAGGUCGAGUACACUACACUACUAGAGAUGAUAAGAACCGUCGAAGCAAAGAGCGAACACCCAAUAGCUAAGACAAUAGUGAAAUUUUGUUCCCUGGAAAAUCAAUCAGGGGACCUCGAGAAAAUCACUGUUGCAAACUGUUCUAUUUUUGUCGGGCAGGGCAUUGCCGCUGAAUGCGUAGUAUCCACCGAAAACGGGUCCAUCGAUUACAAAAUUGUCGUUGGUGGAAUUUCUUUGAUGAAACAAAUGCAAGUGGUAGGAAUGGAAAAAUUUGAAAAUAACACACAGGGGUUCACAGUCACAUACGUGAGUGUGAAUGGCUGCGUUGUGGGCAAAUUUGAAAUCUCGGACCAAGUCAGGGACGACGCAUUUGACACCAUCCGUUACUUGAACCAAUCUGGAUUUCAGACUUACAUGGUUACCGGUGACAACCACAGUGCCGCUUUGAAAACCGCUCUACAGUUGGAUUUGCGUUGUCAAAAUGUCUACAGCGAGGUCACUCCCUCUGAGAAAUGCGCGCUUGUGGAACAACUGCAGUCAUCUGGUGAGAAUAAGGUGGUUUUUAUUGGGGAUGGUAUAAACGACUCACCUGCACUGGUCCAGAGCGACUUGGGGAUCUCUAUUUCCACAGGUACGGAUAUUGCAAUGGAGGCGGCAGAUGUGGUGAUUUUGAGUGAAAACGGCAGCAACUUGAGGAAGCUGGUGUACGCCGUUGACAUAUGCGCCAAGACGUACAAAAGAAUCAAGCUUAAUCUUUUCUGGACACUGUGCUACAAUCUGUUCAUGGUCCCGAUCGCAAUGGGCGUGCUGCUGCCCUGGGGUAUCAGCUUGCCCCCAAUGGUGGCCGGACUGUCAAUGGCUCUCAGCUCAGUGAGCGUCGUUAUUAGCUCCCUGCAACUGAAGUAUUGGGAACCUCCCAGGUUCGACGAUGAGGAGAAGGUGUCGGGUCAGUUUUGGAAAAAAUUAUUCCGCCGCUUCUCCGAGGCGACCAAUGAUGACGAUGAACAUGAAAUGAGAUUGCUAUAA